CCCUUCCUCAAAGACUCAUCCACCACUAUGCAGUCCAGCCCAAGUCAGUGAGAGCUGGGUGCUGAUGACCAGGUGUCUGACAAGGCAUUGAGUCCUCCCAGCUGGAAAAGCCUCUGAAUCUGUAAGAAAGAGAACACAAACCAACAAUGACAUACUCACAGCCUUACUCUCAGUUCCCACCAAAACACAGAGCAUUUCCUGUGCCUUUUCCGUUAUUUCACAAGCUGCUUCUUAGUCUCCCUCUGGGCUCCAGGACAGACAGCUGCUUCUCCCCUCAGAAGCCAGACAGUUGCCUCCAGCCUCUCCUGGUCAAUGCCAUGGCCAAGACCCGUAGUGACCAUCUGCUGUACUCCCUGGAAGAGCUGGUGCCCUAUGACUUUGAGAAGUUCAAGUUCAAGCUGCAGAACACCAGCCUGGAGAAGGAGCACUCCCGGAUUCCCCGGGGCCAACUCCAGACAGCCAAGCCAGUGAAGCUGGCCACUCUGCUGGUCACCCACUAUGGGGAGGAGGACGCCGUGCGGCUGACCCUGCAGGUCCUGAGGGCCAUCAACCAGCACCUUCUGGCAGAGGAGCUCAACAGUGCAAUCGGCCCAGGGUGUCAGGUAAAAGAAAGUGACACAGACAGUUCAGCAAUGUCUGGUUCCUCUGGGGAGAUUAAGCCCAAGAGUCUGAAGAUACCAGAUGGCCUGGAAGGUGACAAGCAGCGACAAAGUGGUGAUGGGGCUGGCUGCCCACCAUCCAUCCAGCCCGAGGCUGGAAGGGGGCCCCAGAAGAAGCCUCUGGGCAAACAGAGAGAUCAGAAAGGCUCUGAGCGCCUGGAUGUGCAGGGCAAGCCAGGGGCCAGGAACACAACUCUGUCUUCCAAGAGAAGCCCCUUUCCCAGCAAGCCACAGGGGGAGAAGGGGAGCAAUGUGGGGGUCAGGCUGCGCAGGAACGCCAGCUCUGCAGGAAGGCUCCAAGGACUCUCCAGUGGGUCGUUUGCUGGGUCCCUGGGAAGGAGAGAAUUUAAGAUAUCUGAAGCAUAUUUACCUUCAGGAAAGAAGCGACCCAAAAGUCUUGAAUUUACUAUUUCUUCAGGAGAGACAGAACCUCUCAACCCAGAAACUCUUCUGCUUCAAGAGAAAAUGAGAUGUGAGAAUCCAGGCUCAGCAGCCACUCUGAACACAGGGGCUACUGUGGCUGCAGAGAAAGGAUCCAGGAAUCCAGAACACGCCAUGACUCUGGAGGGGGUAGCACUCAGGAAUACACUUUCCAGUGUAUCGUUGGCUGGAAAGAAGAUCUGGGAGCAUCCAGAGUCCACAGUACCUGCAGAGAAGAGUGGAACUGAGGCUCCAAAGACCUCUAAGGCCUUGGAGGAGGUGGUAGGUGGUAUGCUCCAUGAUUCUUCAAAUCCAGAAGUCCCUCCAUCUUCAGGGAGACUGCAGGACAAGGCUGUGUGUCCCCUUUGCUGUGCCCAGGAAGGAGACCCGGUUGGUGGCAGCUGCGUGCAUGUUUCCUGCAGCUGCCCCGUUGCUUCUAGGGAUCCUGAGGUCUCACGUGGCUACUCAUCCAGCUGCCCUCAGUGCCAGGACUUGCUCCCGGGGAAGAGCCAUGGAAGCCUCGAGUGGCAGGAGGGCCUGCAGAUGGCCAGCCUGAGCCCCAAGUCCCUGCCACAGUGUGGGCGUCACAUGAAGCAGGUCCAGCUGCUCUUCUGCGAGGACCACGGGGAACCCAUCUGCCUCAUCUGCGGGCUGAGUCAGGAGCACCGAGGCCACCGGGUUCGCCCCAUCGAGGAGGCCGCCCUGGAAUACAAGAAACAAAUUCAGAAGCAGCUGGAGCAUCUGAAAGAGUUGAGAAAAUCUGGAGAGGAGCAGAGAUCUCAGGGGGAUAAGAAGACAGCAAACUUCCUGAAACAAGCUGAAACCCAGAAGCAGAGAAUCCAGUACCAGUUGGAGCAGUUAUGCCAGUUUUUAGAGCAGCAAGAGCAGCUCUUUGGGGCCUGUCUGGAGGAGCUGGGCCAGACCAUUGGCCAAGUCAGGGAGACAUAUGGCACCCGGGUGACAGGGGACAUCGCCCUUCUCGACAAGCUGAUUGGGGAGCUGGAGGCCAAGCAGUGCCAGCCAGAAUGGGAGCUUAUGAAGGACGUCAGAGUCACCCUGCACAGGGCCAAGAAGGUGACUGUCCCUGAGCUGUGGGCCACCCCUCCAGAGGUGAAAGAAAAGAUCCACCUGCUCUACCAGAAAUCAGAGUUUGUGGAGAAGCGCAUGAGGCACUUCUUGGAAACCCUGCGUUCAGAAAUGGAAAUGUUCAACGUUAAUGUGAUUCUGGAAGCAGAAGCUGCCCACCCCAACCUCAUCUUUCAUCUUCUCUGAUGACUUGAAGAGUGUGAGACUUGGAAAAAAAGUGGGACCGUCUACCUGCUAGUCCAGAAAGAUUCUAUAGCUGAAUCAUUGCCCUGGGCUCUCUGAGUUUGCUCUCUAGCUGCCAUUACUGAGAAGUGAAGGUGGGAGACAAGACAGGGUGGGUCCUGGGUGUCUGCAAGGCAGCCACGAGCAGCAAGGAGAAUAUGGCUCUCUCACCAGAGAAUAGUUAUUGGGUAGAAAUGAUGAUGAAGUAAAAUGAGUGCCAGGCGUCCAACUUUCCCUCCACCCGGAUGAGGGAGCCCCCCCAGGCAUGUGGGCAUCUUCCUGAACUACAAGACUGGGGACAUUUCCUUUUACACUGUGACAGCCAAAUCCCACAUCUCAACAUCCAUUGGCUUCUUUUCCUCUGGGCCCCUUCAACCUAUCUUCAGCCCCAGGACACAUGAUGGAGAGAACAUGGAUCCUCUGAAUAUCCGUCCAGUGGGUGGCCAGGGGCCUCACUGAGUAUCCAACACUUUGCAUCUUUCUUCAGGCUCCUGCCCUGUAUCUUGAAUCCAUACAUUCAACAGUCAUUAUUGAACACCUACUGGGUUCCAGCUGCUGUGGGGAAUAUAAUCAAUAAGAGAAUAGGCCCUGUGCUCAAGGAGCUUAUGGAACAGAAGCAGAAGCAAGCUGGGUAAACAAAUAUUGGUAAACCAAGGGUAAAGAGAACACAUGUAUUGAUGACAUGCCAUGGAUUUCAGAGAAGGAAGCACACAGCUGUUGCUUAAUAAAUCCUUGUAUGAAUUAGCACUCUAAGAUGCUUCUGAGACAGAGAGCCCACCCUCGUUUUCCCUCAGGACUCCAUGGCUAGGAUGUGUUCCCUCAUUCUAUCCUCCCUUUUGUUUUUUAUAAAUAAAAUUAUUUAUGAAUAAUAACAUCAUAGAGCUUACAUAGAUGAUCAUUAACCAUAACUUUUUAAUUUUACAAAUGAGAGUUUUGAGGCCUGGAAUUAAUGCAUUUUGUUUAUUUACUUAUUUUUCUACCAGUGUUUGGGGACUGAUUUUGGGCUAAAAGCAGCACCAGUUGCUGAGAUUACAGAGAGAGCAAGAUAAAACUUCUGCCUUUUAGUGAAAACCUUAACUGUAGUAAGGAUCUGAACAGUAAAUGUGUAAGCCCAGAGCAACAUAGGUACUAAAAUAUAAAUAUAUAUUGGAACAAUAUGUGAGCAUGUUACAAGUAGUAACUGAAUAGAGGAUUCUGAGAGAAUUUCACAGAGUACUUUAAGUGAGUCUUAAUGACUAAGAAUUAUUUUGAAAAGGAGUGGUGAAAAGGCAUUUUAAGUGAAGAAUGGCAUAUGAAGUGUCACAAUAUGAAGCAGCAUGAGAUUUACAAUUUAAAGUGCCUGAUGGGUUUUUGAUGGUAUGUCAGUGUGGUAUGAGAAUGGAAACUCAAGACUAAUAUUGUCAAGAGGCUUAUGCACUAUGCAUAGGAAUUUGGACCUCAUUGUGCUGUCAGGGAGAGCUAGUAAAGUGUUUCAGGGCGGCCAAAUAGAGGUUAAGUGGCUUGUUAUCAUUCACAGGAAGUAGAGUUCAAGUCAUGAUUGAAAUCCAAUGUUCUUAUUCUUAUUAACAAGUAGACUAUAAUAAGAGUAUAAUAUAUGAUAAUAAUAUUUAUUAUACAUUUACUAUGUGCUUAGUUCCACGUUUUUAUUUUAGUUAAUCAUCACCGUAAAGCUAUGGAAUAGAGAAGAAUUCUGCCUAGAAUGACUUGCUGAUUAUAAGUAGGAAAGAAUACUUUUGAGCCACUACGCUUUGAUCUUUGACCAAACCCUAUAUAUGUCUGCAGUUUCUAUUUGCCUGAGAGCUGGAAGAGUGAGUAAAACAACUAUACCUUUAUCACUUCAGGAAACUGAGCGAUUAUUCUGUGAAUUUGUAACAAAACCCAUUAAACUAUCAAGACUUCUCAGCUAGAUUAAAGUAGGUGGUAAGGGAAACAAAAUCGUUUAUGGACAGAAAAAGACCUUGAAAAAAAUCACAUGAACGCCUUCAGUAAGUCAUUACAUAGACCAAAACCAUGCCGAUGUCAGUCCAUAUCAUGCUGGAGCCACCACAGAGCAUCAGAGUUUAGGGUACAGGGAUGCAGGAAGAGAAUGUCGGCCUACAGGGCAACAGUGAAAGAUUUUAGCAUCCACCGAGGAGACGGGAUGAACCAUUUUGAGACUCUGCCAGGGGUAGGAGGGCUUUUAUAGGGUGAGAUUAAGACGACUUUGCUUGUAUUGUUUUCUCUAGUGGGUGUCUAAACUACUAUUAAUAAGAUCCAUAGUUUUGGUUGUAUUCUCCAAGGUUGCAGUGGAAAUCAGAAAGCUAUAAGACAGUUGAGUCUGGCUAAGUAAGAAAAUUACCAAUUAUACUCAGAAAAGAGGAAGCAGUAUGAGACCCUUAGUUAAGUGCUACAAAUAUGACUUCCUUUAGUUGAGCAUUUCUAUUUCAUUUAUUGUUAAAAAUGUCUUUUGAAGUCUCAAGAUGAAAAAUCACUUAGAAGCAGAAAUUUUUAGGGCUUCCCUGGUGGCGCAGUGGUUGAAAACCCGCCUGCCAAUUCAGGGGACACAGGUUAAAGCCCUGGUCCGGGAAGAU